AUGGGUCCACACUGGGCAGAAAAGAAGAAAAUGCAGACCUUGUCCACUGUCAUGGGGCCGUUGAUGCUGAAAGAACAUUCUGCCUGUCUGAAGAUGUCGAAAACUCCGAGCCAGUGGAGCAACUAUGUCCGAGGUGCUUCUGGUCUCUUUGCCCAACACAUAUCUCGAGCUCCUUGCGUGACAGUGCUAACGAGACCUCCUCAAACUCUAAAUCCACUCGGAGCUUCCACCUAUCAACAGAUCGAGGAGCCACUCCUAAAGGGAAGCUACGGCGGGUUCCACGUGCUGCGGAUAGACAUGGUUCAUCCGACAGUGAUAGGCGCCGAGAAUUUCCGUUAUCAGGUGUGGCCCGUUGACGAGACUGAGAAGUGGAUUGCCGUGUUUGGCUACAGCCCACCACUCAAGCGCCGUCUAAAUGAUACUAGAGUAUUGUAUCUGCCACCAAGCUUGACACACUUCAGUGCGAGUACAACUGAGCCACAUCACCCAUCAUGUGUCAACGGCGAGAAAAAGGAGACGGCAUCAAAUCACCCUAAGCAGGAGAUGGGAAAACAGGGACAGAAGCAAAAGGAACAGAAACCUGGAAAGAAGAAGACCAAACAAGAAAAGCUCAAACAAGAGACGACCAAACAAAAGACGACCAGACAAAGGAAGACCAAAAAGGACAAAGCCAAGCAGCACAAAUCUAAAACGCAGAAGGCCAAGGCCAAGAAGGCGAAGUAA